AUGUCCAACAAGCCUUCUGUGUUGAUCGUCGGCGCAAGUGGUGCCCUCGGGCAACCCUUGACACAGGAGUUCAUCAAACAACGGGAUCGGAUCGGUCGUCUUGCGAUUCUGUCUGGCCCGGCGAAAGCGCAUAGAGUGGAGGCCGCUCGAGCUGCAGGCGUCGAGAUCGUGUUCAUCGGCCGGAUCGCCCAGUGUUGCUCAUGGGGCCACGCAGGAAUUGACAUCGUCUUCUCCCUGGUGGGGGAUGCCACCAUGCGCUUGCAGCCUGCGAUCAUCGAGGCUGCUGUCGAGGGCGGCGUGCGCCAUUUCUAUCCCUCCGAGUUCGGCACGGACAUCGACCAAGACCACGUCUGGCCCUUCCGUUACUUCCGGGAUAAGCUCGUCACCCGAGAUCAUCUUCGCGCGACAGCGAAAAAGGUCCCCGGGUUCCAAUAUACUCUGAUGCUCGUGGGCGCUUUCACCGAGUGGUCGUGCUCCUCGUUCAGCGGCUUCGAUUUGGAGAAACACACUGUGGAGGCAUAUGGGUACCCGGAGGCACAAGUUUCGGUCACAGCUCUGAAGGACAUCGUGAGGUAUGCCGUGGACUCGAUCUUCCUCCCGUUUCCCAAGGAUCACGCCAUGCGUGAGAUCCGCGUCCGGGGCGACCAUGUCACGUUCGCCGAACUCAUCAAGACCCUCGAAGAGGUCCAGGGCGUCUCAUACACCGUUUCGUACAUCGACCCAAGCGAGGCUGCAGCCAAGCAAGAAGCAGCGCGCAAGCGAGGAGAGGAAUCGGAAGAAGUGAAGUGGGCUGGGAAAACGAUCUGCCCAACAGGAAGAGUCACCGUUCCGUUUCCGAUUGAUAACGACAAGUUCGAUUUCAGACCGGAGAGUCUAAAGGAGACGUUGGCGCGGUUGUUUGCGACGAAAUAG